AUGUAGUAAAUUCGUUAAUCUGCUUCUAAGUUCUUACAUAUUUUGUAAACUAUCUCAAAUAGUUUGUAAUUUAACAUAAAUGACCCAAUUGGUUACUCGAGGAAUAACAAACACACUAAUACAGUAUUUGCAAUUCCACAGCGACGGGAUCUCUCUCCGGUAAAUAUCGGAAACUUUUUUUCUCAGCAAAGCGAGAUCUCGACGUUUCUCAGAUCCGUCCGGCGAGUUAGAUCCUUGAGAAAUCAUGGCUCCGGUCUCGGCACUCGCCAAGUAUAAGCUGGUGUUUCUGGGAGAUCAAUCCGUCGGCAAAACCAGUAUCAUCACUCGAUUCAUGUACGACAAAUUCGACAAUACUUACCAGGCCACAAUUGGUAUUGAUUUUCUAUCGAAGACAAUGUACCUUGAAGAUCGAACGGUCAGACUUCAGUUGUGGGAUACGGCUGGGCAAGAGCGAUUCAGGAGUCUAAUUCCGAGCUAUAUCAGGGAUUCCUCUGUUGCUGUUAUUGUGUAUGAUGUUGCAAGCAGGCAAUCCUUCCUAAACACUACUAAGUGGAUCGAUGAGGUUAGGACAGAGCGUGGUAGUGAUGUCAUAGUUGUGCUUGUGGGAAACAAAACUGACCUUGUGGACAAAAGGCAAGUGUCAAUAGAGGAAGCAGAAGCUAAGGCUCGUGAACUUAAUGUAAUGUUCAUUGAAACCAGUGCCAAAGCGGGUUUCAACAUUAAGGCGCUCUUCCGCAAGAUAGCAGCAGCUUUGCCGGGAAUGGAGACAUUGUCUUCAACAAAGCAAGAGGAUAUGGUUGAUGUCAAUCUCAAGUCUUCCAAUGCAAAUGCAUCUCUCGCUCAGCAGCAAUCAGGAGGAUGCUCUUGUUAGAUUUGGCAACAACAAAUCGAUAGAGACCAACAAAACACACUACUAAAAUCGAAGUCCUCAAGCCUUUGCAUGAUUCGAUCAUUAUCGUCUUCCAUCUGUAAAAUUUUUGCCUGCUUUUUCAACUUUUUUUCUUCAUCAGAUUGUUUUAAGAAAGACUUUUUUUUUUCUUAUUAUUUUAGCUGUGGUUUGUCCCUAACUCUGAUCUUUUGCGGUCUUUCGAGUUGCAAAUGCUCUCUGCUUCGGUACUUUUGUUUACUUUUAUCUCAAAACUGUGAUUUGUCAGCCUAUGAAUUUAAUUAUAUAAAACUUGUGAGUUGCUAAUAAA